GGAAACCAUUUGGACUGAAAUGUUUUCAAUGUAAACAGCAGAGAAACCAUGACAACGCUGUUGCCAAGCUGGUACCACAAGACCUGGACCGCUUUCAUCCUGAUCCUGGUUUUUAUCAGCCCACAGGUGACAGCUUCAGUACUGGAAAGUGUCAUUGCCAAUCGGAACGAGUAUUGGGUCCAGUGUAACAGAAGUCUUCUGAACCCAGUCCUUCUACCAAACACUGGAAAUUUCUGCCGAGGAACUUUUGACUCGUUCGUGUGUUGGCCUCAUUCGUCUCCUGGGAACGUGUCCGUUCCAUGUCCUCCAUAUCUGCCGUGGAUCAAAGAGGGGGGCUCCAGAAGAACGUACAGACAGUGUUUAGAAAAUGGAAGGUGGCGCCCAAAGGAGAACUUGUCUGAGCCCUGGAGAGAUGACUCCGAGUGUCAGGAAGACCAGUUCUUCGAAGACAAGGAAAAAGAAAUGUUCCGUCAAACUGCUUUACGGCUCAUCUCCAUUGUUGGAUAUUCCCUGUCACUGACCUCCCUGACCCUGGCCACCCUUCUGAUGGCUGUUCUGAGAAAACUUCACUGUACCAGGAAUUACAUACACAUGAACCUGUUUGUGUCCUUCAUCCUGAGAGCGGUGGCCGUCAUCUCCAAAGAAAUAGUUCUCCAUGUCAUGUAUACACACCUUCCUACGGACGAUUCCGGAUGGAAUUCAUACUCAAGUUCUGCAACGGCAGUGAUGUGUAAACUCUCAAAAGUUUGUAUGGAAUACUUCGUGGCUUGUAAUUACUUCUGGCUGCUGGUCGAAGCCAUUUUCCUCCACGCUCUGCUCUUCACAACUGUUCCCACUAGGAGGCGACUGUUGAAGAAGUUCAUGCUGCUCGGUUGGGGAACUCCUGUCAUCUUUGUGACUCCGUGGAUGCUGGUGAAAAUACUUUAUGAAAACACAGAAUGUUGGUCCAUCGUGAACAGAUGGUUUUGGUGGAUCAUCAGAGGCCCCAUCACUUUAUCAGUGCUUGUCAUUUUCUUUAUUUUCAUAAAAAUCCUGAUGUUACUUCUGUCCAAGCUCAGAGCAGAUCAAGUCAAAUUCACUGACUACAGAUACAGUUUGGCUCGUUCGACCCUGCUCCUCAUUCCUCUGUUAGGAAUACAUGAAGUUGUCUUUACAGUGUUGAUAGACGAGUGUGUCGACGACAGUGGUCGCUAUGUCAGGAACUUCUUCAACCUUACACUCAGCUCCUUUCAGGGUUUUCUAGUUGCUAUUCUCUACUGUUUUGCUAAUGGUGAGGUCCAGGCUGAGCUGAAGAAGCGCUGGCAGCUCUUCCUCUUCACCAGUCACUUCCAGGUCACAGAAUGCGCUCCUCUGAAGCUCAUAAGGAAAUGCACUCGCCGAAGCCAGCAUCUUGGCGAUUGCUAUGACGACACCAGCCCCAACAACAACCAGCUGCGGCCUUGUCAGGCUGCUCCACAAAGAGGAGGUCAAACUCUGGGGGCUGGAGAGGUUAAAGUUCAGGGUGUGAUGGGCUGUGAUGUCACCAGACUGGACUUCAGGACCAGGAAAAGUCUGUCCAGCAGCGACGGAGAGAUGACCCUUGGAGAAACAGUGGAGGAGGUUCUGGAAGAGAGUGAGUUCUGAUCCUGAAACCAACCAGAAGACACAAAAUCAUCAUCAUGAAAAGACAAUGAUCCACAACAUUCUCCAGGUUUGAUUUGACAUCAACCAGAACAGCAACUCUUCACAAUAUUUAAUUCAACGUUGAAGGCAGACAUUUUAUGUCUCACAUCUAUGGGACAAUCAGCAGAUCGUCGAAAUUAAUUUCAUUUCCCAGUAAAAACAUUUCAUCCAGAUUUAAAAAUUAGAUCAUGAAACAGUUUUUAAAUGUGUACAUAGCACCACCUAAAGGCCAAGUAAGGGAUGGGAAGAACAAGACAUAACCAAAGAAGAAAAACAUGAAGAAUCCAAUGUAUUAUUCAUUAUACACAUGCAAAUAGACACAACAGCAUUAGUCCUCUGGAAAAAAUGGGCAUCAUAAUACUACAAUAUUAACUGCUGAAAUGCUUUCCUGUGUAAAGUUUACCAUAAAGUGAAAACUGUCUCCAUAUAUAUGUGCUUUUGUCAUUAGCAUGUAAAUAAAAACAACCGAAAAAAAAAAGUAA